AUGGCUGCUACUGCCGAAUGGAAGAUGGUUACUACAGCUGAAUGGAACGAGAGUCAGCGCAUUCGGCAAGCCGAGAACCACGAAAUCGGUACUCUUAACGAGAGGCAUGCGGACAUCAUUUCUAAUGUCCACUUCCUUCAAGCACGUCGUCGCAAGUUGGAAAUGAUCAUUGGACAAUGGUCGGGAUCAGCUUGGACACACAAGCCCGAGUACAGCUAUGUGAUGAAAUCAUCUCGUUAUGAAGCUGAGGCUGCCCAACUUCCCAGCUUGAAGCAACAGCUAAGCACAGCCGAAUCAAGAUUCGAGGCUGCACGGCGCGAACACGUACGGCUUGAUGAAGAUGAUCUCCUCACAAAGUUAUGCGAAAUUCGCAUGAAACUGUGCAUAGCAGAGGGACGCGGUAAGCGAAUCGAUGAAGAAUGCAGGCGACUCAGGUUGGAAAACCAGAAAAUCCUCGAAGAUCAGGCCGCUCAGCGUUUGAUCAUUGAUCGAGAAGUUGUCGAUCGAAGCGCGUACGAGCGCCGUGCUACUGAUCUUCUUGCGGAAUGUGAAUCGCUCCUGGAAUCGUGCAGAAUUCAAGGCGUUAGGAGCUACUCAUUCGACGACAUCGAAAGCGAUCGUAAGCUUUUCCGUGGUGCUAUUGAUUCCGCAAUGGUCGACAUUCGAAGGCAGUACGAGAACUUGGCUAGUACAGUAAACACGGAGAUGAAGCAGUGGUAUGAUCAGAGGAUCACGCAAGUUGCCUUGGCUAGUACAGUAAACACGGAGAUGAAGCAGUGGUAUGAUCAGAGGAUCACGCAAGUUGCCGAGAGACUGGCGUUGUUGCGAGCGGAGCUCAUAGACGUUCGAACAAAACUUAACAACCUGGAAAAUCGCAACCGCCUUCUGGAGUCCUUGAUUGCUGAUAUUGAAGAAGCGAAAGCUGCAGACCUAAUGGUCGCUGACACCCUCUCCAAAGAGGACCAGCUCCAGCUGAAAUCGCUAAUGGAACAGUAUGAGGCCGUCACAGGUGGAGCUCCUAUGGAGUCAAAGUACAGCAUUGCGUCUCUCCGAGAAGAAAUCCUACGGUAUCGCGAACUCCUGUAUGGAAUUGGAUCAGGAAUCAUAAGUGACGGGCCUAGUGCAUCCGGAGCACUUUCCAUUGUCCAUCACAGAUCGUCUUCACAUGAAAUCGGAAGCGGUGUAAGCGCAUAUCGAGUACAGCGUAGCCAGGCAUACGGUGCGAUCAACCAUUCGCGAUCGGGCAGUGGUGCUUACUCGCAGAGCGGCGGUGGGGCUACAUACACACAAAUCAGGAGCUCUACAGUAAAACACUCACAGAACGGUAGCUAUUCGUCGAAAGAAUAUCGAAUUGGAGGAGGUGUGACGACAGGACAAUCCCAAAUUGGAAGCGGUGUCUCCACCGGUUAUUCGCAGAUGGGCAGCGGUGCUGGUCAAUAUUCCUCGCAAAUCGGCUAUGGUGCGACCACGCAGGACAUCGGUUCUGGUGUCGUCCAGAAAGGCGAACGAUACGCAAUCUCGAGCAGUACCACCACGCCAACAGUUGUCUCAAAGUUGGACUACAUGAUCAAAGGAGCCGCUGAUGACCUGAACACGUCGAGAAUCAGCUCGGAGCAUGACUAUGCCAUGCAUCGCUCCGCUCAAGGAAAUGUCGCUAUUGCUGAGGUGGCUGCGGACGGAUCGUACAUUAUUCUGGAAAACACAUCGCUAGACUGUGAUCAACACCUAGGUGAAUGGACACUUCGUAGCACUAGCUCAACACUGAAGCAAGUGUCCUACACUUUCCCUCGUGACUUUACUCUCACUCCACAGAACACCGUUCAGAUUUUCGCACGAGGCAGAGGAGUGCAUAACCCACCUCAUUCGCUCGUGUGCGAGUCCGAUUCAACAUUCGCCACUGGAGACGAUCUUAGCGUCUACCUAUACGACAACAAUGGCCAGGAACGCGCUCAUCUCAGUCAACGCUCAUUCUUCCGCCAUUCCACGUCAUUCUAG